AUGCAGAGGCUGCUUGUUCAUGGCGCGAGGGGCAUCGGUUGCUCCUCCAGGGGUUUGGUGGGCGAUUCCUCUGUCAUGCCUGCAGUAGGCAACGGCGUCCUGCUGCCCAGGUAUCACUCAACCGAGAAACACGAUGACAGCGACACUACACUGGGCGAAAUCGGAGAGAAAGCGAGGACAACGGCAGAGGAGUUCCUGAAGAUUGCCAAGGAGAAGACCGAGGAGGUCACCGAAGAAGCAAAGGAAACAGCGCACGAGACCAAGGAAGCGGUGCUCGGGGAGUCCGGCGACGAGAAGGAGUCGUUCAAGCAGAGGGUCGAGCAGGGGAGGUACCACCAGAAAUAG